ACAGUAGAACUCUUUGUUACCUACAUUCAUUAAAAAUAUAAUGUAAAUUUAGCGUGAAUUACUGAUUAUUUUGAUCAAAACAUCUUUGAUACAAUUAGAGCAGGUACAAUUUUGUGCAAUCAUUUCAAUUUAUAAACGCAAUAUAGAUAAUGAUUACUUUGUAUCUACAGUAGGUACCUACCGACAUACAGUGGGAAUUGAAUUUAAAUUAUUUCAUUAGUUUAUUUAAAUUCAACCAUAGUCAUGAAAUGUUGCUACUAAUAUUAUUAAUUUUAUAUUUUGAUUUUUAUGGAGUUUCUUCUGUAACUCCUGAUGUGAAAACUGCUUUGGAUAAAUAUGGGCCCUUCAAAGUGAAGGUCACGGAAGUUUCUCUUUGUAAAGGACCUAAACUGCAAAACGGCACAGAGAAUACACUAUCCUUCGAUACAGACAUGGAAAACAUAACGUAUCAAAUUAACAUGAAGACGAAAACAAAAGUGGAUAAGGUUAAAAUUACGGUAUGGAAGUCAAAGUUAGACUCACCCUUACAAAAGAGACCCGAUGUGUAUUACAGAAUCAAUAAUCCGUGUCAGCAUUUUUUCGUUGCUCCUGUUUUAAGAACUUACUAUAGAGUUAAAGAUGAGAAGAAAUGCGAAAUUGAGAAGGGCAUGCACAUAUUCUCAAUGAACAUCCAGAGUCUGGUGUAUCAGUUUGCUGGAGUGAAGUUCUUUUACGGCAAGUACGGGGUGCAGUACCUGAUGACCGGCCCCCACACCAACCUGAUUUGCACACACGCAGUCAUGGACAUUUAUGGAGCAUAAUCUCCCACUACUGGUUUGAAGAUAAAUUAGC